AUGGCAGAGCACCUGCGUUGCCUGCACAAAGUCCCAGGUUCAAUGUCCAACAUCUCCAGUUUAAGGGUCAGAAGAAGGACUUCGGCAAAUCCUUGGCUAUCCAACAGGCCCUUCUACUUGAAAUUGCAGUCAGAUCAUCAAAAGGACAUUAAAGUAGUAAUUGGGUUGAUUUCAGCUGCUGGGCUUCUUUUUGUGAUAAUAACUCACCUCACAAAACCUGACGCAGCAAUCCUUUUGGAGGAUGAAGAGGUGAUUCUUAGUAGCUGCCCUCAGGAUGACGACGGCCAAGAAAUUGUAAGAGAGAGGAUGACCGAGAUGGAAAGGAGCAUUAGAUGUAAUGAUUCAUGCAAUUUUCAGCUUGUGGAAAGCGUUCCUUGUGAUAUGCCCUUCAAGUCAGACCGCAGCCUGGCAAAACCCUUAUACCAGGCAUGGAUGGAACUCUUGAAUAUGACCCAGGAAAGCAUUCAUGUGGCUUCUUUUUAUUGGUCUCUGACCGGGGAAGAUCUCGGUAUCAAUGACACAUCAUCUAAACAGGGUGAAGACGUUCUCAAUAAAUUUGGAAGUUUGCUUCUGAAGAAUGUCUCUCUGUUUAUUGCAACACAUGUGCCGUCUCAAGCCCACAACUCAACUGAUCUUGAGUUUCUGGAAGCUAAAGGGGCUCACAUUAAAAGGAUUCAUUUCAAGCGUCUAACCGAGGGUGUCCUGCACAGCAAAUUCUGGAUUGUAGACAGGAAACAUGUUUUUCUCGGGAGCGCAAAUAUGGACUGGAGAGCCAUAACUCAGGUGAAAGAAGUUGGCAUUAUGAUCAGCAAUUGCAGCUGCUUAGCUAAUGAUCUUUGGAAAACCUUCAAAACGUACUGGGAUCUGGGAGGCUCCAGCGCAACCAUCCCAUCUCCGUGGCCGAGGAAUUAUUCUACUAAUAUUAAUAGGGACAGACCUUUGGAAGUGCGGUUCAACGGAACCACCACCAAAGCUUUUUUCUCUGCUUCUCCUCUGUCAUUUUGCCCAGUGGGUCGCACCCCCGAUCUCCAAGGUAUACUUGAUGUCAUCAACAGUGCGGAAGAAUUUGUGUAUGUUUCUGUUAUGGAGUAUUUUCCUACGAGCCGUUUCAGACGUCCCCCAAGGUACUGGCCAACCAUCGACAACGCUUUGCGAAGUGUGGCAAUAGGCCAUAAUGUACACAUACGGCUUUUAGUCAGUUGCUGGGUCCAUUCUGAUCCUUCCAUGUUUCAUUAUUUGGAGUCACUACGUUCACUCAGUGAUCCACAUGCCAACAUCACAAUCGAAGUGAAAAUCUUCAUUGUUCCAGUGGGGAACCACACAAACAUUCCCUUUGCAAGACUCAGUCACAGCAAAUAUAUGGUUACUGAAAAGGCAGCCUAUAUUGGGACUUCUAACUGGUCAGAAGAAUACUUCAGCAACACUGCUGGCGUGGGUUUGAUCGCUACACAGUCUCCAACAGAUCCCCAAAAGAAGAUUCCAAUAAUCCAGGAACAACUGCAGUCUCUUUUUGAACGGGACUGGAACUCCCGAUAUUCAGUAAAUAUAGAUGACCUCCCUGGGCAGAAGGAUUGUGCUUGGAAACAUGGAUUUAAACAUUUAAAAGAAAGCUGAAUUCUUUGUUGUUGUUAUUGUUGCUGAUGGCAAUGUAAUUGUGCUUUCUGCAUGGGACGUUUAAGCUUUUAUUGCCGUGUGUUUGGCUGAUGAUGAAUGGUUCAGUCUACGACUCUCUAACCUUAAUCACAGACGUGUCUG